UCUUCCCUUAUCUUUUCAACUCACUUUCUCUUAAUAUUUUAUCUAUCUGUUAUAUUAUAUAUAAUACUAGUAAAGUAGUUCUAAUAAAAUCUUUGUGGGUCGGUGUGUAUAUAUUUGCUUGAAGACCCACAUUGUGGAAAUUUGUAAAGAGGAUGAUGAUAAUGUUGGUGUUUUUAGGAUUUGGUUUCUUUGUUGGGGUUUUGGUUGGUUGGUUAUGGAAACCCAAAUGGGCUAACUUUUGCAUUCAUAAUGGCAAAUUUCAAUAUUCUGGUAUGGGUUUCAUACCUCCCUCCCCUGUCAACCAAACACCCACAUUGGUUUCAAGCAAUAAUCCCAAUAUCAGUUCAUCAAAUGUUGCAAAAGAGGAAAACCAUCUUCUUAAAGAUGAAGAUUUGAAGCAUCUAUGGCAUCUUGUGGAAAAAAGAGAUGGUGGUCCACCAUGGAAGCAUAUGAUGGAUUGUUCAACACCAAAUAUGCAUUAUCAAGCAUGGCAAAGAGAUCCCGAGACAGGCCCUCCUCAGUAUUGCAGCAAGACUGUGUAUGAAAAUGCCACACCUGAACUCAUGAGGGAUUUCUUUUGGGAUGAUGAGUUUCGACUGAAGUGGGAUGAUAUGCUUUUACAUGCUACAACCCUAGAAGAAUUCCCCAAGACAGGCACGAGUGUAGUACAUUGGAUACGAAAGUUCCCUUUUUUCUGCAGUGAUAGAGAAUACACAAUAGCCCGUCGCAUAUGGGAACUUGGAAGAUCCUAUUACUGUGUGACAAAGGGAGUGCCUUGCCCUUUGGUUCCAAGGAAGCAGAAACCACGACGUGUUGAUCUUUAUUAUUCAAGUUGGUUCAUUAAAUCAGUGGAAUCAAAGACCGGGAGUGAAAAGCCAGCAUGCGAGGUAACGUUCUUUCAUCAUGAAGACAUGGGCAUCCCAUGGGAAAUUGCAAAAUUUGGAGUACGGCAAGGGAUGUGGGGAGCAGCCAAGAAAGUUGAGCGCGGCUUUCGGCUAUAUCAAAACGAACGAUCUUUGUCAAAAAGUAUAUCACCUCAUGUUGUCAUGGCCGAGAUGAGUACCAAAAUUGAUGAAGCCCACCUGACUUUGCUAGAAUCUGAUAAAGAUCAAGAUGAAAAAAUGACAGAAACCAAAGUGGCUGUCCGGCAAGAGAAGCAGAUCGUGGGAAUGAAUGUGCCUAAGCUUUUAGUAUUUGGUGGAGCUGUUAUUAUGGCAUGUAGUAUUGACCGUGGUCUCUUGACAAAAGCCGCCGUGUUUGGUGUUGCCAAGAGGUUUGCGGCUUUAGGGAGUCAAGCUGGACCCCGGCGGUGAUAUUACUGUCCCAAUUGAGUCUUUUUUGUGGUAUCCAAAUAGAAAUAUAUGUCCAGAUAUAGGUGCUCGUGCUAUCGAUAAUUUUGAUACUUCAGGUAGAGGUGACAAGUUAAAAAAAAAAAAAAAACUCAAAAAGGAAGAAAAAAAAGAAGUGAAACCAUUAAAAACUAAUUCAUCGGAAUUGACCCAUUACAAAACCGAUGGUUCAUUUGUUGACUUUUGAUUAACCGAUUAGUUGGGUUUGGUGUUGUUUACGGGGAAGAACCAUCUAAAAACCGGCCCGUUUCGUUUUAAGUAAUAUAUGUUGUACGUGGAUAUGAUAGAAAUAAAGUGGAAGUUCGGUAUUUUAAA